CUCGAACGAUAACCAACCACGCAUCUAUAAGAAGGUGCCGAGCAACCGCACCAGGCUCACACCAUCGAUCCAAGAAGUAGCUAGAUCGAUCUCCAUUGAUCGAGCUCUCCCCUGUCUGCCAUAGCUAGCCAGCCAUGGCGGCUGGCUCGGUGUUUCACGCGGCGAUCCUCGCCGCCGUCCUCCUGGUCCCUUUCCUCGGCCCGCCGGCGGUGGAGGCGCAGCUGGGGCAAGUGAAGAAGUACUGCGCCAGCCAGUUCGCCAUCGCCAGCCAGGCCUGCGCCAUUCUCCCCCCGACCAGCCCGGAGCAUCACCACCAUGACGACGACGACGACGAUGACGACGACGACGAAGAUGAGGAUGAAGACGACGAUGACAAAGACGACGAUGACAAGGACGACGAUGACAAGGGCGACGAUGACGACGACGACAAGGGGGGCGGUGGAGGAGGAGGAGGCGGCGGUGGUGGUGGUGGUGGCGGCGGCGGCGGCGGGAACGCGACGUCGCUGAUCACCGCCGAUCCCAAGCUGUCCGUGGCCGUCUCCCAUCGCAACGGAACCGCCGUCCGCGCCGGCAGCAGACGCUCCCGGGGCGGCCGUCGCAGGCGCCGUCACCGCCGUCACCGCCGUCGCCGCCGCCACCGCGUGCGCGGGGACGACGAGGACGAGGACGAGGACGACGACGACCAGGACGACGGCAAGGAUGACGAUGACAAGGACGACGACGACGACGACAAGGACGACGAUGAUGAGGAGGAUGACGACGACGACGACGAUGAUGAUGACGACGACGACGAGCACGACGACGAGCACCGCGCGUACAGGGACUGCUGCCGUUGGCUGAAGGAGGUGGAGCCCGGGUGCGUGUGCGAGACGCUUCUCCGCCUGCCCAUGUUCCUCGUCAAGCCGCAGCACAAGUACACCGUCAGGGUCGGCCAUUCCUGCAAGAUCACCUACAGGUGCGGUGGCGGCCGCGCCUUCUAGCAUGCGGGCGUUCAUGGCGCCAAGCUCGCAUGCAGCAGAAGCGAAGCUACAGUCUACAGUCUACGGCUACGUAACGUACGUACACAGACACUUCAGAAUCAAUCGCCAUUACUGGCAACUGGUAAGUAAGCAAAUCAAGAUGCCUCAUCGAUCUUUUGCCGAGUUACGGAUUUACCUUCACCAUCAGUCUUGACUGCAUGCGUGGUCUCGAUCGUUUGGGCCUGCAGCUGGUGUAUACGUGUAGUAGUUUGUGUGAUAUAUUACUACUAUGUAAGAACAAUCGGUGUGUACGUAUAGAUGUAUGUGUGUCACUGUGUACGUUGUAAUUGUACUCGAGCUAGGUGAACCAGU